AUGUAUCUCCGAAGGGCUGUGUCUAAGACUCUGGCGCUGCCCCGGAGGGCGCCCUCCGGACCUGUGCCACUGGGGAAAGACGCAUCUCUUCGCCGAAUGUCAUCCAGAAAACUCCCUGGAACGUCUGGGUCCAAUAUGAUUUAUUACCUGGUUGUAGGUGUGACCGUCAGUGCUGGUGGAUAUUACACUUACAAGGCUAUCACAUCAAAGCAAGGCAGACAUACAGAACGCGUAAGGGACGUGAAAGACCAAACAAAAGCAGAGUCACAGCCACUUCCAGGCAAAAAGGAGCAUGCGGCAGAAGCUGGGGCCGGAGAAAUUUCUGUAAAGGAAACUGAAUUGGUGCAUGCUGAGGAAGUGACCAAGGCUGCAGCAGGGCCUCCAGAAGGGUCUCCGACCUCCCCGGUCCCUGCAGAGGCUGCGCUAGAGGAGACAUCCACACUGAGAGAGGAACCUGAUCUGAAGAUAACCGAGGCUUCUCCGGGGGAGACCACCGAGGGAGUCCCUGAACCCACUGCGGAGGUGGACAGCGCGGCUCCUGAACCCACAGAAGAGGGGGAGAGCGCGGCUCCUGAACCCACAGAAGAGGUGGAGAGCGCAGCUCCUGAACCCACAGCAGAGGUGGAGAGCGCGGCUCCUGAAUCCUCUGCAGAGGUGGACAGCGCGGCUCCUGAACCCACAGAAGAGGGGGAGAGCGCGGCUCCUGAACCCACAGCAGAGGUGGAGAGCGCGGCUCCCGAAUCCUCUGCAGAGGGGGAGAGCGCGGCUCCUGAACCCACGGAAGAGGCGGAGAGCGCAGCUGCGGACCAGGCUGACGGGGCUUGUACCAGAGAGGAGGGUGAGGGUACUGCUGGGAACCGGAGCUGCCAGGAGAGUGCUGAACUAGAAGAAAGCCCUCCCUUAGGCUCAGAGCCCUCUGCCCAGCAGGAUUCACAAGAAGGAACCACCGAGGUCACUGCAGAAGGAGCCUCACCCCAAGGCUGA